CCCACAGGAAGUGGUAGGAAUUCCCAUCCCCACGUGACCCCUCUGGAAUGUGGUGAUGUCACCGAGGGGUCCAUUAAAAAAGUUUUUGGGGAGUGAGGAGAAAAAAAAAACUUUUGUGGGGAGUUUCGGAGCCGGCGGGAUCCGGAGCCUCCGGGACCCUCCUCCCCGCCAGGGACCCUUCCCCCCCCCCACGAGUGGGGCAGGGCAGGAGGGGUUGGGACCCCCCCACAGCUGAGCCAGGUCCGCGAGAUGUCCGGUCCCACCUGGCUUCCCCCCAAGCAGCUGAGCUCUUCGGGGUCUCCCGGCGUCUCGGUCUCGGCUCCGGCGCUCUGCAAACCCCAGAAGAAAUACGCCCCGGUCCCCGCGCCCCCCAGGCCGGCCCCCCAGGAGCAGAACGGGGGUGGCAUGAGCGGGCCGAGCUACCAGCCAGCGGGCCCUGGUAAAUACCCAUUUUGGUCUGAUCCAGGCAGCCUCCCCUCCCGUUCCCUGCCCUCUGGUUUCGGCCCCGAGCGUCAUUACCCAGCACCCCCUGGAGCCAAGGAUGAGCCGGGGGCACCCUGGGGUGGACGCGGGUACCACAUGCAGGGGUCCGCCCUAGACCCGGGGCCGCCCCGCCCCUCCAGCAUCGACGCCCAGAUCGACUCGCUCACCAGUAUGUUGGCGGAUAUGGAGAGCGCCGGCCCGCAACGCCGGGGGGACAGGCAGAACUUCGACGCCGUCCCGUACCCGUCGGCCUCUGGCCCCCCGCAGCCCGGCCCCCCCAAAAUGCCCGGCCCCUACAAGCCAGGCUCCUUCGCCCCCAAGAACUCGCCCUACGGUCUGUCACCCCAACCUGCCACCUCCACGGCUUCCUCUGGGCCGUCGCCGCAGUACGGCGCUGGCUACCCGCGGGUGCCCCCCGGGCACAAGCCCUACCCGCAGCCCACGCCCGCGUCCUACACCACAUCGGCGGGGCCGGCCUUUAACGUCCAGGUCAAAGUGGCGCAGCCGGUGCUGGGUUACGGCCAACCGAGGCACCGGGCCGAGCAGGCCUAUGCCCCCCCCUCGCCCCGAGCUGGCCGCGGGGCCCCGUACGCCGGGGAGGAGGGCUGGUAUCUGGAGCCGGGGGGUUACGGCAAGAGGCCAGGCAAGGGGGAGAGCUAUGGGGCUGGGGGGCUGGCCAAGCCGGGGGAGGCGGCCGGGGGUCCGUACCAGGCUGCCGCCGGGACCCCGGGCAAGGAAGAGACGGCGGUGACGGGGAAGGUGCCCCCGGGUGGCGGAGGAGGAUACCAGCACCAGGCCCCCCCGAGCCGCCCGGAGGAGGAGCUGGACAGACUGACCAGGAAGCUGGUGCACGACAUGAAUCACCCGCCGGCGGGGGAAUACUUCGGGCGCUGCGCCCGCUGUGGGGAGAACGUGGUGGGGGACGGGACGGGCUGCGUGGCCAUGGACCAGGUCUUCCACGUGCCCUGCUUCACCUGCACCACCUGCCACGCCCGGCUGCGCGGCCAACCCUUCUACGCCAUGGAGCGGCGGGCGUACUGCGAGGCCUGCUACGUGGUGACGCUGGAGAAAUGCUCCCGGUGCUCCAAGCCCAUCCUGGACCGGAUCCUGCGGGCCAUGGGCAAGGCCUAUCACCCCCAGUGCUUCACCUGCGUCGUCUGCCACCACUGCCUGGACGGGGUCCCCUUCACCGUGGACGCCACCAGCCAGGUGCACUGCAUCGAGGACUUCCACCGGAAGUUCGCCCCCCGCUGCUCCGUCUGCGGCAACGCCAUCAUGCCCGAGCCCGGGCAGGAGGAGACGGUCAGGAUCGUGGCCCUGGAUCGGAGCUUCCACAUUGGGUGCUACAAGUGUGAGGAGUGUGGGCUGCUGCUGUCGUCGGAGGGCGAGGGCCGGGGCUGCUACCCCCUGGACGGGCACAUCCUGUGCAAGUCGUGCAGCGCCCGGCGCAUCCAGGAGCUCUCCUCGAAGAUCACCACCGACUGCUGAGGGCUCGGGGGGGGGGGGGGCUCAGCUCCCCGCCCACCCCCUGGGUGGGGGCUCCCUCUGCCCUCACUGCCGGCAGCUGCUUCAGUAUCAGUCCGUUCGGGGUCCCCCUGAACCCUGUUUCUCCCAUCCCCCAGGG